CAUCAAUAUGCUUUCUGUUUAGCAGCUGGAUCUUGUCUUGUUUCUCAAGUCUUAUAUGAAACCGAUAACUCAUAGCUCCACGGUGUACUUGAAGUUUGCUUCCUCUGGUAAGUUUUGAUUUUCUUUUGAAUCAAAUGAUUUGGGAUGUCUGUUUCACACCAGCGGGAAACGCUGCACAACCUGGUAUGUCUAUUUUUCACCUACAAAAAACCUGGCAUUGCUCAUGCAUCAGUCUUCAUCCUUGUGCAGAGAGAAUUCGCUACUCCUUAUAAUGGCCCACUGUUCUAAAAUUCUGAUGCAGAAGAAACAUUGUGUGAUAUCUUUCUUCUGUAUGUUGUGUCUGAUAUUCUACAUUGCUUAAUGCUCUCUGGACAGUACUUGUCUACUACUGUUCUUCCAUCCAUUUCUUGAUUGCUGUGAAGCAACUAGCUGUUAAACUGUGCUGAAAUUCCAUACAGUAUUAUUCUGGUGUUUCGUAUAGCGCCAAGCCGGAUGGAACUAGGUGCCAUGUUAUUGCAUCGCAAAUAUGGGUCCACCUGAAGGUUUGCACUGUAGACGGAUGGAUGUAGAACAGACGUUUCUGCUUCUGAGAUUUGGCGACAUGUACCUGGGGCUAUUUUCAUUCAUCAAGAGUCUUGGACACAGCCUGAACAAAUGAAAGUUUCUCUCAAAAAAAAAAAAACUAAUGAAAGUUGGAACUUGCUGGCAUUGUGAAGAAGACAUGUAGGCCUCAGCACCAUACUCAAUGGUGGUGGUGGUGGGGGAUUGUGCAGGGAAAGCGCCUCAUGAACCGUCAUACGGACAAGAUGUCUCUGCCAGCCAUUAGCUUCCUAUGCAUUUCUACACUGGGACUCAAUACUUGUCUAUUGCCCUCAAAUGCCAUAUCAUGUACCUGCUGAUUGCCAACUUGCAGGAUUUCUGCUUGUUACCAGUAUCUGACUGCUUGGGCCAUCACAGCCCAUUGGUGUCUACUGCUCUAUAAACAAUUCACAAUCACACCAUACACCAAGACACAAGUGAAAGCAUCUGCAUGCCACUUCUCUUGGCAUUGCAACCGGUAAUAAUCUUGAGAAUAUGAACAAAGUGCAUGAGGAUUACAUCUCUUUGAAAAGUUAGAAUGAUGACAAUAUUUGUACAGAUGUCAAGUAUCUGACUAACUAAUGAAUUUCUAUUUAACUCUGUUGUCACGUUCUUAAUCUGGGUUUUGUCAGCUGUUAAAGAAUAAAACUAUACUGGUCUAGUCCUGUCUGUGAGGAAAUCUCACCUACUCAGUCCAUCCUAUGACCCUGAGAUGACUACUUCGUUAGAAGUUUGAAUGAUAUCAGGGGCCAAUUAGGUCUCAUCGAUUCUUUCUGUGGGUCCCCAGUAUGCACAUGCACUAUGCCACAGUUUGGUGGUUGGAUUAUCUCUGAAUCAUUCACUACCCAGUGUGAUUAGUGAAAUUGACCUUUGUUUACCAUGAGAGUGCCACAAGUGUGCAUAUCUACCUUUGUGAAAGAAUUUCCUUCACUCAAGUCAAGCCAAGGCAGUUGCAACCAAAAGUCCAUUCUCUUGUCUCCUGGACCAUCCAAUUAUGAGACUAGUAUCUGUAUAUAAAAACCAUGCCUUGCAUUUGAGGAUCUGAGGUACUGUCUGGCUUUCACUUCUGACUCCAGAUUGGCUCUAGAGAGAUGGCCCUAAAGGUAUACAGUUAACUCGUGCUGAUGCACGAUUUGUCGGUGUAUAGUGUAUGCUGCAAAGUACAGGUCUUUGCAGUGUCUGCUUCUCUUAAACUGCGUGUAAGAUUGAAGUCGUGUUCUUGUAUUUGAUGAUAUUGCUAAUGAUCUACGUGUUCUUAUGGCAUCACCAGGUGUUCAAUUGGCUGAAUCGGAAGAUGCAUUCUAAUGUUGAGUACUGCACCAUUGAUGAAAAUAAGACCAUGGAGACAGAAGACUCUGUGCGUGAGAGUGUGGCUGAGCAAGACACUGAAGCCCUGCUGCUUCGUGAUGUGCUGCUUAAUGGCAUACUUGCGAUUGGGACUCUUGGCCAUAACGUGAACUCCCUGUGCGCUGAGGCCUGUCAUGAACAACAUGAGUUCAUCAGCAUGGAUAGAGAAAAGGUGGAGCAAGAGAAGUACGAAGAGGAAAAGAGUGGGGAUAAAGACGACACAUCAGCUAUGCCACCAAGUGAGCCGGAACCUGCUGUUGAACCUGCCCAGAUGCGUUCAUCGUCGACGAACGAGUACAACUUCACAUGUUCUGUAAAGGAAGAAAUCUUGAUGUGUGAAGUUGAAGUGGAGGAUGUUGCUAAAAUCCAGGAACAACCACUUCUGAUGGUAGAGAAGGUGGAGAAAGUGAGAACUACGCUUGCUGAUCUAUUUGCAGCAGAAACAUUCUCAUCAAGUGAUACAGGGGAGAAAAGUUACCAGAAGUCUGUCAUAAUUGCUGGGGCAUCAGCUUCAAGGGCUACAUUAUGUAUGGAUAAGAUGCAUCAAAAGAAGCCAACAAAGCCAAUGCCAGAUCCACUGAAGGCUACCAGAAAAUUAAGUCGAGUAUGGCUUUCUUCGUCCCUAUCUUAUACCUGUUGCAAGUAUCCUCAUUUUAUGGAAGCAUUGACUUCAGUUUCUCUGCUGCCACGACUAACAUUCUUUCCUUUUUACCCAAACUACCAACACUACUGUACACCAAUUUGCAUUAUUUCAAGUUCAACAGACAUCAGUCAGUACUCAAAUGAGUCUGCAACCCGCAAAUUUAAGCUUGCCGUGUUACACUGUUUGUUACUAAGCUACAAAUGGUUCAAAUUCACCACUUUACUGCAUGGGCAGUGUUUUAUUUGUUGCCCAUUUCUUUUACCGGAGAGUAUCUUGAUAAUAGACAAUCACUAACUUGUCAUCAUCUGAUGGUAUUGGUCAUCUAUGUAAAUAAGUAGGUCAUGAGGAAGAUGUUGGGGAAGAAGAUCCACCCAGAGCAGCUCAAUGGGCGUAGUAAUGCAGAGGGACCUCCACUACUUGAUGCCUAAGCUUGCGGGCAAGUUUGUUAUCU